UGAGCGAAUCUCUCUUAAGGUUCUCUCUCUGUCGCUCUCUCUCUUCUCUCCUCUCAACCCCACUAUUGCGAGGAGGUCCGUCAGAAUCGCCGAGACCGUCGACGGAUUGCCGGAUUUCCUCUCUCUGAUUGAUGAGAUUCGACGAAGGUUUUGCGGUCGCGACCAGGUGAUCCAUGCUAAGUAUUCUCCUGGAGGAACGCUGAUAUCUCUCUGUGGGUGCAAGCUUGAUGAUCGUGGAUGAAGAAGACGGAAAGAAGGAGGCCGAGAGAGGACCCAGGGGAGAACCAGAUCCGCAAGAGGAGUUGAUCUGCACUGAGUUCACAGCCAGGGAGGUCAUCGAAUUCCAGCAUGAAACCAGAAAUCUAAAGAGAUAUGGUUUGGAUUGUAGAUCACCGUUAGAGACGACGCACGGGGGGCGACGAGAUCGAUCGACGGGAACCAGUUUGUCAACCCUGAUAAUUUAAGUUUCUCCCCUAUGAAGGCUCUUGGCAGUUUGUAUGCUCAGACAAUUAAUUUUUCAGGGGAGAUUCAUGAGAGAUCGAUCACCUUCCCAACUCAGAUGUGCUCUGAUUCUCGGGGUUCUCUCAUAUCAUGAUUCUGUUCUUGAAGGUUUGUUUUUAUAUAUAUUCUAAUUCUCGGAUACACACAUCUUUGCAGAAACCAGAGUAACUUUGUGUAACAAGUUGCCAGUUUUGUGCUGUCCUGUAAGGAAUAUGAUACCCAUGUUUGAUGGUUUUUGUUGUCAUAUGAUUCAUCCUCCCUAUCUACCAUUGAUUUGUUCUCUCCAUCUCUGUCUCUGUUAAGCAUUUGUUUUGUCACUUUUGAAUAAAAUGGCAUCAAGGAGUUUACAAGAGUAUGACAACUGUAGUUUCUAGGCAAAAUCCACCUAAACCACUGGUUACCUGGAUGGCGAUCUGUGAUUCGCUGAUGGGCUUUCUCGCAGUGCUGAAUGAAGCUUCGGUGUUUCAAAAUACCAAUGAUCAUUUAUGUGUUUCUGCUCUUUUGUUUUUCUUAUUUUGCUCUUGAUUGUUCCAAUGCUUCUCUGCUAGAAAAUGGUG